AUGCCCGGUUCUUUAACAGCUCCUUGUAGAACCUCGAGUCCAUCUUCUGCUGCGAAAGCGGGUCGAAUGCUAGGUCCUGAGUAUCGUUCAAGCAUGCCGUCAUCACCUGCAUCUUCAUCAAAUAACCUCUGUCGAUACCCGCCGCCUUUCCCGGGUCCCGGAACCUUCCGGCCACGACAGUGCAGUGCGCGGACCCCACCGAGUGGGCCCCGGUCAGCACGACCAUCUCCUCCACGGCCCUUGCGCUCGAACAGCUGGAUCAUCUCCUGGCCCGUGGACUGGGGAAAGGGGACGUCGGCCUCGGUGUUUUUCGCGAGGGAGGCUCGACUGUCACGCCGGCCCGCGGGGACGGGGUACGAAGGGACGCCAGUUAAGACGAGGGAUUCGCGGUUGGCAAAGGCGAGGAGGUCCGCGCACGAGACGACGCCGGGGCACUCGGCCUCGAGCCGGGUUUUGGCCUCGUCCAGGGCGUCGAACCCGUGGACGAACUUGCCGUUCUGUGGGGCCAUCUUCUCGACGGGCUCGCCUGUUGGGGUCCGGUCUAGUAGGAUCGACGCGUCGCAACCCUGCGUGGCCGUCGUGGCCUCUGGCAGCAGAGCCCCCGACGUCGUGGCCUCUGGCGGUAGGGCCCCCAGAGUCGUGGGCUCUGGUAUAUGGGCUCCUGGUGUUGGCUCCGGUAUUUGGGCCUCUGAAGUCGACUCGAUUUGUUGUUGGGCUCCAUUUCCCGACCCAUCCACGGGAUUGGGGCCCGUCGACGGAGCCUGCAAACCGUGUUGCUCGUGUCUUUUGGGCUUCUGCAUGGCGGGCUCGAGGAGGAGAGGAAGGGACUCACCACCCUCCAUACCCUUUAUGAUUUUGGCAAAGUCGUCAAAAUUUUGUACCGGGCGGUUGAUGAUGUCGAGGCCCGGGACAUGCGGCCGCCAUAAGCGGUGGUGGUGGAGGUGGCCGUGGUGGGCGGAGACGAGCAGAGGGCCGAACAAUGCGUGCGAUAGGAAUGUUGCCCAAAGGAACAUUCCUCCGUUGGCCAUAGCUGGACUUUUGUUGUUCGGGCCCGGAUAUGUGUUGUGCUGGGCCGUUCAUAUGGGAAGAGAUGGGGCGGUGUGGCUGGCAGGGAUUUUAGGCCUCAAGAAGGGGAAAAAUGGAUGGAGAGUUUUGAAGGAGCAUAAAUAA